AUGGCAGCCAUCCCCACUUCUUCCCUCUCGGACGGCCAGCGCCAGGAGCUGCUCUGCACCUAUGCCUCACUAAUUCUUUCAGACGAGGGCCUUGAUAUUUCAGCUGAGAAUAUCCAGAAGCUGAUUACUGCCUCCGGGGGUUCUGUGGAAUCUUACUUGCCCGGCCUCUUUGCUCGCGCACUCCAGGGGCACAAGAUUUCGGAUCUUCUCUCCGGUGCUGGCAGCGUCUCCGCUGUAGCUCCGGCGGCUGGUGCUGCUGCUCCUGCCGCUGGUGAUGCUGCUCCUGAGAAGAGUGGCAAGGCCGCUAAAGAGGAGGAGCCAGAGGAGGAAGAGGAUGCAGACAUGGGCUUCUCCCUGUUUGACUGA